UAGAGCCCUCGUGAUGGGAGGCUCUCUGGGGUGGGGACGAAGGUGGUAGCCCACAUCCAUAUAAAUGGUGCCAUCUGCCUCUCUGCUCUACCCAAAGGCACAGAUCCACAUUGGCUCUGCUGGUGCAGCAGAGGUCACUGGAGCAGGAGCCAUGCUACCAAGCUCUUUGGCCCUCGCCCUCGUCUCGCUUGUGGUUUCUGGCAUUGAAUGCGAUGUGAAGGAAGCCUGUGUUGGGAACCCUGGCAUCCCAGGAACUCCAGGAUCCCACGGCCUGCCUGGCAGGGACGGGAGAGAUGGCAUCAAAGGAGACCCCGGCCCCCCAGGCCCCAUGGGCCCUCCUGCAGCAAUUCCAGACUUCACAGGUGUUAAUGGGCUGUCUGGGGCCCCUGGCAUCACUGGAGAGCGUGGAGACAAGGGAGAGCCUGGCGAGAGAGGCCCUCCAGGGCUUCCGGCUUAUCUAGACGAGGAUCUUCAAACCACACUCCACGUCUUGAGGCAUCAAAGCCUUCAGUCACUGGGAGUCCUCAGUUUGCAGGGGUCCAUGCUGGCAGUGGAAGGAAAGGUCUUCUCCACCAAUGGGCAGUCAGUCAAUUUUGAUGCCAUUAGAGAGUCAUGUGCCAGAGCAGGCGGCCGCAUUGCUGUCCCAAUGAGUCCGGAGGAGAAUGAAGCCAUUGCAAGCAUCGUGAAGAAGCACAACACUUAUGCCUACCUGGGCCUGGCCGAGGGCCCGGCCACUGGAGACUUCCACUACCUGGAUGGGGCCCCUGUGAAUUACACCAACUGGUACCCAGGGGAGCCCCGGGGGCGGGGCAAAGAGAAGUGUGUGGAGAUGUACACAGAUGGGCGGUGGAACGACAAGAACUGCCUGCAGUACCGAUUGGCCAUCUGUGAGUUCUGAGCAAGCAUCAGGGCCCUGGGAGAGAUUGAGUCCUGCCUUGCCACUCAACCUCCAUCUGUAGGAAGCACCUGAUUUUUAUGAGAUACUCUAUCUCUUUUUCAACAAAAUCCAUUUGUGGCUAUUAUAGUUGGAGGCACUCUUAGCCACUCUGCUUCCCAGUUGGGCCCUGCCUCUGCCCCCAGAUCACUAAUCAGUCUGGCGCUCACCCCAGAGCCCUGUCGCAGCUCUGCACUCUAGGCCACCACUCCUAACUUUGCCCUUCGGCAAGAGAUAGAGCCUUCCUCUUCUCGUCCAGUUCCUUCCUUUAUAGAUGGUGAGGUCCUAGGAUGGAAAUACCUCAGAGUGUGCCUGCUUCCUGGCCCCCUCUACCCUUUUUCUGCAGUCCACCACCUGCCCAGCCUCAUCAAGAUUUAGCAUUCUAGACAAGCAUGAUGACAGACAGGCAGACUUCUCAGAAACUCCAAAUGUGUGGGGAGGCCAACCCAACCCUAGUGACUGGCAUAUAUUAUCCACUCCCUUGAGUCCUGGGGUGCAACCCAACUCCUGGACCUGAAAUCAGCCAGUCUAUGCCCCACACCCCAGAAACAAUCCAAAUAAUUUCCUGCUGAUCGACAUAUCCCCACACCACUUGCCACACCAUGGACUAUUUAUUGAGCACCUACUGCCCAGCACCUUGAUAGCGCUUCUGAUACACCUUCUAGAAUAUUAUUUAAUCUUCACACAAUGCCAUGGGACCACCAUUAUUUCCCCAUUUUUUUAUAUGAAGAUAUUGAAACAGAAAAGUUAAAUGUUUUGAAUUUCAUUACAGUGAGUUUAUUAUAAGUGGCUGUGACUGGAUUCAAACCCAUCUAUGUGGACCUGAAAAUCAUGCUCAUAACCACCCCACCUCACACUGAACAGAGAUGAUUUAACUGUAAUAAAUCAUGAAUGUGUUAACAUGAGCCUCCAUUGCUUUGGUUCCAAGAAACAUCACAUAUCUGCAUUUUUAUAAAUCAAAUUAACUCUGGCUCUCAGCCGCCAUUUGCCCAAAAAAGGGAAAAUUCAAUCUCAAGUUAUGCUUUCUUUGUUGGGUGGGAGUGGCCACCAGCUCUCCACCCUUAGGUUGUAUGGGCGGGUGGUGAGUUGCAGGAAACAUCUGGGAGAACGUGUGGGUGUCAGCGUUGAUGGCUGGCAUUGAGAUAACUUGAUCUAAGACCAUGUGGUCCAUUUCAGGGGGGUGGUAGCAUGUCUUCCAUUCUGCACUCAGCCAUCUGGAUGUUUUCCAUAGCCCAAAGAGGGUGGCAUUCAGGGCUCUGUCCCAGGCCUCUGUGAAUCACCUCAGUCUCAGUCCUGCAUGGAAUGGGGCCAUGCUCCCACACCCCAGAGCUGUGUCAGAACCAGACCAGGCCCCACGUAUGUGUCCUGUCUCUAGAAAGGUCCCCGCUUCUUCCACCUUUACAUCUUCGACUGCUCUCACUGCUUCUACUUUUCUUAGACAAGAGGAAGCUCUGGAUCAAAGACCACAAAACCACAUAGGAUUGAGUAGAAACAUUUCUCUUUGAGAUGUCCCCAAAAUUCAAAAGUGCAAGAAAAAGCACAUUUCCCGUUCUGUAGAUGAACAGUCUCAGCCUCCAGAAACUGAUGUCUUCUUAUUUCUUGUUAGGUUUAUUUUUGCUUACUUUAUAUACCAAAAAACCCAUUAUGUGCUAUUUUUAGUAUAUUAUUUUUAAAAAUCACUUUUUAAAUGAAUUGUUCCUAGUUCAGAAGAAAACUGUUGAUUUAUUUUUUUGUUGAUCUUAUAGCCGACCACCAUUUUGGAUUCUCAUUUUUCCUCCAAUAUGUCUAAUAUAAUUGAUUCUUUCAGAUUUUAUAAA